UGUUGCCCGCUAUGGCGGCAGUGUCGAGGUUGGGGGCAGGAUGCGGCGCUUUUGACUGAGAGGGUAGGCCAGGCGGAAGCAUCGAGGACAUCCGCGCGGCGCACGACAAGACCAGCCUGGACGCCGGGGACGCUGUCAUGUACGGCGCGAGCGGAGGCCGCGCCAAAACCGAGAGGAAAAGUGGCGCGAAGGAAGAGGCCGGGCCCGGCGGAGCCGGCGGUGGGGGGACCCGAGUGGAGCUGCUGGUCUUCGGCUAUGCCUGCAAGCUGUUCCGGGACGACGAGCGGGCCCUGGCCCAGGAGCAGGGACAGCACCUCAUCCCCUGGAUGGGGGACCACAAGAUCCUCAUCGACAGAUAUGAUGGGCGCGGUCACCUGCAUGAUCUGUCUGAGUACGAUGCUGAGUACUCCACCUGGAACCGAGAUUACCAGCUCUCUGAGGAGGAGGCCCGAAUAGAGACCCUGUGUGAUGAAGAGAGGUAUUUAGCCUUGCAUACGGACUUGCUUGAGGACGAGGCAAGGCAAGAGGAAGAAUACAAGCGGCUGAGCGAAGCCCUGGCAGAGGAUGGGAGCUAUAACGCAGUGGGGUUCACUUAUGGCAGUGACUAUUAUGACCCGUCCGAGCCAACGGAGGAGGAGGAACCCUCCAGACAGAGAGAAAAAAGUGAGGCUGAAAAUGUAGAGGAAAAUGAGGAGCCUUUCAUCGCCCCCGUGGGACUGAAUGUACCGCCGGACGUGGAGCUGCCGCCCACCGCCAAGAUGCACGCCAUCAUCGAGCGGACGGCCAACUUCGUGUGCAAGCAGGGGGCGCAGUUCGAGAUCAUGCUGAAGGCCAAGCAGGCCCGCAACUCCCAGUUUGACUUCCUGCGCUUCGACCACUACCUCAACCCCUACUACAAGUUCAUCCAGAAGGCUAUGAAGGAAGGGCGCUACCCGCUGCCGGCCGGGAGCAAGAGCGACGAGAAGCAGAAGUCCGGGGUAAGCUCUGACAAUGAGGACGAUGAGGACGAAGAAGAUGGGAACUACCUGCACCCCUCUCUCUUUGCUUCCAAGAAGUGUAACCGUCUGGAAGAGCUCAUGAAGCCUUUGAAGGUGGUGGACCCGGACCACCCCCUGGCCAUGCUGGUCCGCAAAGCCCAGGCUGACAGUCCCGCCCCCACCCCACCUGCGGCCGAUGGUGCCGCCGUGCAGCCCGCCCAGGCGGAGUACACCGCGGACUCGACGGUGGCCGCCGUGUACUACAGCUACUACGUGCUGCCCGACGGCACCUACUGCCUGGCGCCGCCCCCGCCGGGGGCCGACGUGGCCGCCUACUACAGCAGCCUGCCCGCCGGCGUGGCCGUGCCCGGCACCACCGCCCCUCCGCCUCCCGGGACCACGCCGCCCCCGCCCCCGACCACCGCGGACACGAGCAGUGGGGUGACCUCCACCACCAUCACCACAAGUGCCCUUGCUCCCGUGGCUGCCAUCAUCCCCCCGCCCCCCGACAUUCAGCCCGUGAUCGACAAGCUGGCCGAGUACGUGGCCAGAAACGGCCUUAAGUUUGAGAGCAGCGUCCGUGCCAAGAAUGAUCACAGAUUUGAGUUCCUGCAGCCCUGGCACCAGUAUAAUGCCUACUACGAGUUUAAGAAGCAGUUCUUCCUCCAGAAGGAAGGGGGCGACAGCGCACAGGCAGUGUCAGCACCAGAAGAGGCCCCUGCAGAAGCUGUUCCUGAGAAGCCGAGUGACGGAGGGGGUGCUGUGGCUGAGGACACGGCUGACGCGGGCGGAAGAGGCGGCUCAGGGCCGAAGAAGGAGGUGUCGUCCAGUAAAGCCGUCCUGGAUGGGAAGCUCGUGAAAGCUUCAUUUGCUCCAAUAAGCUUUGCAAUCAAGGCCAAAGAAAAUGAUCUGCUUCCCCUGGAAAAAAACCGUGUUAAGCUAGAUGACGACAGUGAUGAUGAUGAAGAAAGCAAAGAAGGCCAAGAAAGUUCCAGCAGCGCCCCAAACGCUCACCCGGCAGUGGCCCCGCCCUGUGUGGUGGUUGAGGAGAAGCGGCCCCCACUGACCCAGGAGGAGCUAGAAGCAAAGCAAGCAAAGCAAAAGCUGGAGGACCGCCUGGCAGCUGCUGCCCGGGAAAAGCUGGCCCAGGCGUCAAAGGAGUCGAAGGAAAAGCAGCUUCAAGCAGAACGUAAGAGGAAAGCAGCUCUGUUUUUACAAACCUUAAAGAACCCUCUGCCAGAAGCAGACGUCGGGAAGGUCGAGGAGAAUCCCUUCAGCGUAGAGGAAACCGGUGCCGUGGCCUCUCCCCUACUGAGUGGAGGCCGGCCUCUGCCCACUUUAGACCUUAAGCCCCCCGAAGGGCCCUCGAGCAAGAGCAGAGACCCGCCCAGAGAAGAGGAGAAGGAGAAGAAGAAGAAGAAGCACAAAAAACGGUCCCGGACAAGGUCGCGCUCUCCCAAGUACCAUUCGUCGUCCAAGUCCAGGUCCAGAUCCCACUCGAAGGCAAAGCACUGUCUUCCCACUGCCUAUCGGACCGCGCGGCGCUCCAGGUCACGGUCCCCUCGAAGAAGAGCUCACUCUCCCGAGAGACGGAGGGAAGAAAGAAGUGUCCCCACCGCCUACCGGAUGAGCAACAGCCCUGGCGUCAGCAGGAAGCGGACCCGGUCCAGAAGCCCACAUGAGAAGAAGAAGAAGAGGCGCUCCCGGUCGCGAACCAAGCCCAAGGCCGGGUCGCGGUCAGUGUCCCCGAGCAAGCAGGCCACACACCGGCACUCGGCCAGCAUCUCUCCCAUGGAGAGUCGGGGCUCCAGCCAGGAGCGCUCCAGGGGAGUUUCUCAGGAAAAAGACGGUCAGAUCUCCUCAGCAAUCGUCUCUUCUGUCCAGAGUAAGAUAACCCAGGACCUCAUGGCCAAAGUCAGAGCGAUGCUCGCAGCUUCCAAAAACAUGCAGACCAGUGCCUCCUGAGACGCAGCAGCCAGCGUCUGCGGGCGUGCGGCCCGGGCCCCGGCAGGCCGAGGAGCUUGGCUCUGCAGGGACCCCCACGGGGCGCCGUCCAGAGUCUCCCCUGGGAUGUCCUUGGACAAUUGGUGGGUUUUGUAAAUUAAUUUUAGAUGACAUUUUCAGCUUAAGAUUUUUGACCAGCAGUCUCUUACCUGUAUAUUUGUAAAUAAUAUCAUGUUUCUGUGAAAUGUAUUAUCAAAUAAAAUGAGAGGAAAACACCUUUUCUA